AUGCCAUAUUUGGCUUUUACCCGAGAAAGCAAGCAGAAACAGUGGCCACAAGAUACUCGAAACGAAUCGACCACGUCGCUUGAAGAGGUCAUAGGCGCUCAAUACACCACAAUACCACCCGCACUCCAACGACUGUUUGAUUAUUAUCAUCAUGAUGAUCAACGCAGGGGGGCGCUUCAAGUUCCGCAGACCUUGGACCAAUUUCACUACCAGUCUCUGUUGGUCUCAGAUCGCAAGACUAAAGACCAGGUGCUUUACCGUCACCAGCAAAGGGGCGAAGAUCCAGAUGCCGAUCCUUUCAUCUGUCUAGUAGAUCAGCUUUGGUUGCACGUUGUCGAUGACGCCACAAUUGUAACCUCAACUUCGCAACAUUUGGAUGAUGAUAUCCUCGAUCUUACGACUGCCACGACAGAGUUGUACAAGAGCGAUAAUUACAAAAGUGUUCGGAAAGAUUCUGUUUACGGCUUGAUACCCUUGAUCUUGGCGACCUGUAUUCGAAAGUCAAUGGAAAAGGAGCUGGGUGGUAAGAAAGAGCGGGUUCUAGACAUGUUUGCUGCUGCUGUCACAAAUACGUCUAAACGCCAAGUUGCGUUGUUCAACGAUUUUCGGAAGAACAUAUCCAAUAGCAGCCAGAGCCACGACACGGGUGAUACCGAUGUCACUCGCGUUCUCACGGAAGAGAUCGACCUGUUACAAGAGGUGAAUGAUGUCCUUAUUGAGUUGAAUAUCAUCAAGACAGUACUUGGUCACCAAAAGGACAUCCUUGAGAGCUACUCAAACUUUGUCGAUGCCGAAAUAGACAGAGGAAAUGGUUUUUACAAUGACAGCAAAGGGGCAAAAGUCAUCAUCGAUACGGUUGUGACUUGCAAAGCCCUGAGUAGGAUUGACGUGUACAUUGGUGAGGUCGAGAAGAUGGUCUUCGUGGCCAAAGAAACCCAGAACAACCUGCACACUCAUCUGGAUCUUCGACAGAGAGAUGCGAAUCUCAAUGAAGCAGUAUGGGCACGUAAAGCGGCCCAAGAAACCACGCAGCAGAGCAGAACCAUCAUGGUUUUUACCGUGGUCACAAUAUUUUUUCUACCAAUCACCUUCCUCUCUUCACUAUUUGCGCUCGACAUUACCGUAUUUCCUCACGACGACGAAGGCGAUCUCAAGUACGGCCCUGGCUGGGCGUUUUCAUGGUUAUUCGGUAUGACCAUUGCCGUAUCUUUACCACUGGUCCUGCUUGCCUUCUACGUCAAUGAAGUCGCAUUACUUUGGAAGAAGUGGAUGGCGCGUUGGCAAAAAGACCAGAAUCGCGGCGUCGGCGUCAAUGAAAGAGUUGGGUUUUUCCCAAUCACGAGGAUAAUGAACUCGCGGCUCAGAUUUAGGACAAAAGGUUCGCGCAAAAUGGACAGGGCCGAAGGUACUGGCGCAAAAGAAGUGGUAUAG